GUUCUAGUGCGCGAGACACGCCAGUGCAGUUUUCCAACAAGCGAUGAGCAUAUUUAUUGCCCACAGCAGCAGGCUACUAGUUUUCCGGCACUGAAAACAACGGAAAAAUGUCCUUUUAAUCACCGUGCGUUGUGUGCGUUGCUGUUUGCAGAAUAAUUGUGCCCGUGAACGGCGGAUAGCGCAAAAUAAGAGUAGACAAAGUGAUUAAUAAAUAGUAAACGUGAGUUCAGAUACAUCUUCCAUUGCAGUCAUUUGCAGAGAGGUUACAUUAAUAAAGUGUGGACAAGUCAACGAAGGAGUCAACACGCAACAAGACAAGAACGCACACAAUGACAUCGCCGAAGAGCUCCACAACACCGGCACUGGCGGUCACCAACCGUAUCCUGCGCUCGCCAUCGCACGAGAGCUUUUCCACCGAUCUCUCCCUGAUAUCGAUUUCCGUCUCAUCGAUGAACUCGGAAGCGACGAGCGUGCUGAAUCGGUCCAGCUGCAGUCUGUUGAAUCGCACCAUGGAGGAAAAGCUGGGCAAUUUGCUCAAUCCCAAGGACAGUAAGCGAAAUCGCUCGUCGACGCUCACCGAGCGGUGGAACGAAAGUAACGAUCUCAUACGUAACUGUGCCACACUGUCGGCCGCGCUCGGUAUUCACAAGAGCUUCAGCACGACCGACAUCUACCAGCUGCCAUCCGAUCAGCAGAAUCUGGGCCGCCUGUCCUCGUCCGAACUAGCGCUAACACCGUUCCAAAAGGUUGGUUACCUCUUUGAUCAUUCCCGACUGGAGCACGCGUCGCGCUCCUACUCUACCUGGGUAGCGGUCGGUGAGCUCGCUUCCACUUCGCAGCUUCCCUCACCGCACGGUGGCCAGACGUCGCAAGUACCGACACUGACCAGCACCUGCCAGCAGCAGCAGCAGCAGCAGCAGUCCACUCCUAGCUUCACGGUGACCGAUCUGAUCAGCUCGGUAAACAAGAAAAUCCGUCAGAACUAUAUCCGGCGACGACUAUUUACAACUUACCGCGCUCUCGAGCGGUUAUCACAGAGCGAGUUCAACCUGGACCGACUGGAGGCGGCCGCCUUCGCAGCCACCAAUCCGGGGCCGACGGAGCUGAUCGUUCCAUCGACCAGCAUGUCGAAUGCAUCCGCAUCGCCAGUAGCCGGUAAGUCCACUAGCUCACCGGCUCCUGGGGAAGAGGGUGGUAGUGGCGGUUCUGCAUUGAGAAAAGCGACCGGCAAUAGCAUCGGACCGACAGGUAAUGCAACCGGAUCCCGGACAGCGCAUCAUGGACCGAAGAAGCAUCUCACGUUUCACGACAUCGAGAACGAGCGCGGUAAACCGCUGUCGAAGUACGAACGGCACAUGCUGAUCUUCAACUGGCUGCACACCAUCGACGACACGGCCAUGGAGAUCGAAAACUGAUCUCCACAGGACGACGUGCGCUCCGAGCUCGGCGUACUUCGCGGCCCAGCAGCAACCGGGCCAGCUACGAAACACUGAAUUGAGCUCCCAACAACAGCUGGGUUACCAUCUGGUUUUGAAUUCGGAUUUUUUCGUUAAAGUGCUUGUCCGUAAUUGGAGCCUCGAUCUGCAAGCAAGAAAAUUUCACGAUAAUUAAUCUGAAGCAGGAUAAAUAGAUACAUGUUGACCGGAGGAGAGAUCUUUGGAACGCUAUGGAUAUGCGGAUCAGCUCUCUAAUAGAAACCAAAGAUAAUUGAGAUUAAUUGUGUUGAAACUGUUUUUUAGUUUUAACAUUAUUAACAGGAACCCCUUGAUGGCCACAUUCUAGCCGAUCAUACAACUGAAAGUAUUUAUAACGGCGCAUCGAAAUUGGUUUGUGAUCCAUUUUGACUCACGAUCUCAAUGUUCGAUUCAAGCACAAACGACGAAAGAAGGCAUGAUGCGGCUACAUCAGUCACUAUCCAAUACCAGGCAGUGCGAUGUCCCUUGACCAAUCAAAGAAAGCAGAAAUGAUGUAUGACGACCCCUAGAUAAGAGAUUGAUUAAAAUACUAACAGGUGUGGCGAAGACAACAUUCUUGUUCUCACCGUAUCGCUAAGCUUUCGAAUCGUUACAAUAAUUGUUGUACAAGAAUUAAGACUAACUUAGAGACAGAAGCCAGCCAAAAAGAAACCGAACAUUACCAAAGGAUUUUAGCAAACUAAGCCAGAGAAGAAUCAACUUAUGCUAUCUGCCAGCCCGCAUAUACCAGCGAUGUAAGCGAUGCGGCGAUGAUCAUUGACGGGUUUGUUUUUUUGUAGAAACAACGCAUGUUAUAGUAUCGCUCAUGUUACACUGCAGAAGCUAGCCGGCCGGGCGGACGGACGGAAUGAGUUGCUCUUGAUUUUCAUUGUUGCUACAGUGCGACCCACCCCUCGGUGCGGUGUUACGGAACGUGUUAACAUGUGCUUAAAACGAUCUUGUGUCUCCCUCGUUCCGUUGUUCUUCUUUCUAGCAAUUUUGAUAUCUUCUUUACAAACAAAACCCGUACGAUUCCGAAACGAUUAGAUAGAGAAAAGAUAGAUUCCGCUAUGAAAAUAUAACAAACGUUGACUUAAUAGCAACAGCCGCAGCGUAGCAGCAGCCGAAGCAGCGCGCUGUACAAGCCAAAACUCUGGCAAUGAUAAGUGCUUUUUGCUUUGAUAGCAUGUUCCGUAGUGUAACGAAAUCUAAUCAAUUUAAUACGAUAAAACAAUGCCGCCGGUGUCGAAAAUGAAACGUUGAUUCAAUCAAUUAGGCAAGAACAAGUGGGAUAUGAAUCUGGGAGCAAGCUGGAACAGAAAGAGUGGCCAAUGCGGGGGAUAUGAUUAAGCACAGAGGAUACGUACGUGGUUGGUUGUUUUACCCAUACUGGAAUGACUAUUUGGUGUCUCUAAUGAUGCAUCAUACCGCGAUGGACACUUUUUACCAAAGUACACGUCUCUCCAAUAGCUAUCCUUACCAAGU